GGGACGGCAUGAUCUUAUUUCCCUCUUGCAAAGAGCACACUGCUUUGAGACAGAGAGAGUUAUAAGGGGUGUUUUGGGGACUGUGUCACGUUGCCUUGCAUCACCCAGCAGGAGAAAAACAUGAUUACUUUAUCCAAUUUGACCCAGGCCCUGGAAGACGUCUUCCAAAGGAUUUUUGUUACCUAUAUGGACAACUGGCGCAAGAAUGAGACCAUGGAGCAGGAGGCUCUCCAAACUGAAGUGGGUGAGGAGAACUUCUACUACGUCAUCCUGUACCUCAUGGUGAUGAUCGGAAUGUUCUCCUUCAUCGUGGUCGCAAUCCUGGUGAGCACGGUGAAGUCCAAGCGACAGGAGCACUCCCACGACCCCUACCACCAGUACAUCGUGGACGACUGGCAGGAGAAGUACAAAAGUCAAGUUCUGCAUGUGGAGGAAUCAAAGGCCAUCGUCCACGAGAACCCUGGGGCCACGGGGUUCAAAAUGUCCCCUUGAUCAGUGAGAGGGGCACAGACCCCAGACCUGACAGCCGGGUGUGCUGACAUGCCCGCAGGACACGCGAAUCAGAACUGUCACUGCUUAGAGGGGAGGAAGUUCCCUGCUCUCUGUACAGACUUUCCACGAACCUUACGUGGCUCGCCAGCUGAGACAGAUGACAUUUCAAUUGCGGCGAUUUACAUCUGCUUAUUGGAGUGAUAUUUUGUGCCAAAGACCUCUUUUAUUUUCUAUGCAAUGUAAAUGCCAUUUAAAUCAAUGUCAGUAGUGAAACUAAAACCAAAUUUAAAACAGAGGGCCUGGGCCGUGGCGGUAGAAAUAGAAAGGACAGAUUUACAAAUUCUUCUUUCUUAUGAAACAUUAGCUUGGAUGUGACAAAUUCAAUUUAUACAUACUCAGAUGUAUUUUUCAGAAGCUGAGCUUCAAAAUUUAUCACUUGCUCACCAGGUUGACAUAGAAUCAUUUCUUAUUAAUUUAUGAGCACAGUUUGAAGUGAUGAAUGAAUAGAACCACAAGGUUACAUUUAUUUGUUUUGCUGGUAUUUAACUUAUUGGAAGGUUUGAAGACAGAAAAAGCAUUGCAAAGGGCAAAUAAUCCAUACCAGCAAAGUCAAAUAUUUAAGAAACAGCUCAUGUGAA